GCGAAGCGCGCGUUCCUUUCUGUCUCUCCCAAGUUUACGAAACACACCGCGUUUCUUUUGUUUUAAAUAGAAUUCGAACGUUUAGUUUUUUUUUAUUUGAUGGUUUUGUGCCAGUUAUGAAAAUUAAAAAGUGGAAGUUAUAAAAAAAGUUUGUAAUAAUGUGAAUGAUGUAGUGAUUUAUAAAGAACUUUUCUUUCGAUGCCUGUUCUCCACGCAAGGACGAUGUGGUCCCGUAAGCAGUCGGUGUGCAGCGCAGUCAGCGGCGCGUCCAAAGGCGACGAUGCAGAAGCCUUCGCAAGCGGCCUGCAGAUAUACCCCUUCGCUAUAGCUCUUAGAGUUAGAGUGCUACAGAUAGUCUGCGGUAUCGGCGGGCUGGUGGUGGGCGCUGUGGGCUGGCUGGAAGAACGACAGAAACCGAUGCUGGGGCUAGGAGUCCCGGCCGGCGCCGUUACUGUGCUGGCUGCAGCAACGUCGGUGUACUACAGCCGAGGGUUUGGCGGCUGGGCGUCGGCGCGGGCGCGGUCGAGUCGGCGGUGGGGCGCCCCCUGGCGGGCCCUGGGGCCCUCGCCGUGCGCCGCGGUGCCCCUGACCACGCUAUGGACGGCGGCCCUGGCUGCGCAUGUGGCUAUGCUGGUGUUUUGCAUCAGAUCCUUGAUGAAUAUUGG